CCCAUCUUAAUCCCAACCCAAGGAGCAUCUCACAGCUUGAUCCGGCUGUCAUCUUAGCUCCGUCCGGUCUCUGUUACGUUAUUAUCGAUUACCUGAGAGGGCACCCAGCUAGAUUAUUCACCAAAAGAGGCAACAGGACCUCCAAGACCCGCAGGUUGAAGAUGGUGAACCAGAAACGGCCUACCAGCAAGGGCUUCGCCUUUGUCAUCACAGACACGUCUGGAAAGCCCAAGUCAGACGACCGCAAACUCAUCCGCAGCCAUGUCAUGCGAGGCAAGAAUACACGCCCGUCUCGCGGCGGCCAGAAGCGCUCGACGAAGAGGGUCAACCAGACUAGUCCACAGCCUCCAGAGGAACCAGAGGAACCACCUGCGCCCAAGUCACUCUCUGCACUCGUUAAAGAGCCGAGAAAGCAGAAACUCUACAAGAUUGCAUGGUUCGAGCAUGUAUUCCGCACACCCAAUGACCUGUACAUGUUCCAAUUUGCCGACGAUAUUGACGCGGCCUCCCGGGGCAUGCUAUUCGAAUUCUACGCCGUCGUCAAAGAGACGAUGUACCCCAUUGAAUGGUGUCUGCAAUACGACGAGAGCAAGACUCCGUGGUUCUACUGGCUGCUCACAGAUGCUGCGUUUCUGCACUCCAUUCUAUUCACGGUCGGGCUGAUGCAGGACACUGUUAAAGGAGAGAGUGCAAGCAAGCACACCAACUUCCACAUUUGGAAAACACUCCAGCUCUUGAACCAAAACAUUGCAAAUCAAGACAUGGCCUUGGCCGACUCGACCAUCGCCACCAUUGUCUCCAUGUGCAUGGUGGCCGAAAUCUUCGGACAGCGCGACAAUGCCGCCGCUCAUAUCCAAGGCAUGCGUCAGAUAGUAAAGCUGAGGGGCGAAAUCGAGAGCUUUUCUCACAAUCUUCAGUUACAGGUCAAUAUCUGUCGGGUCGACAUUGGUUGGAGUCUAUGCACUGGCGAGAAACCGCUCUACUUCCGGGAUACCUUCUCUUGGGAACCUGCUUUCUCUCCAAUACUCGGCCAAGUCCCUGUGGGCUCUGAGAUCUGCCCUAGUUCUCCAGGCAUACGACUUGUCUUGGACGCGGCCGAUAGCCGCUUGGGCAACGUCUUCCAAGAUCUCCACGACUUCUCCCGCCUGGCAACCGCCCUAUACCACACCAAUCGCAAGAUUGACCCAAAUCUGUUUCAGGAGUUUAUGACUUGCGUCCAAUACCGUCUGUUGUACUCGGAGACGACGGCGCACAAUGCCUUGGCCGAGUUUGGUCGCCUUGGGAUGAUCAGCUACAUCACCACCCUCUUCCUCCAGGUACAAGGAGCCAAAUUCCAAUUCACCUCUUUGGCUACCAAGCUCAGGUCAGCAUGCAAAAACUUUGAGAUAUCAGCAUCCACAUGCGCUGCCACAAAACUCUUACUGGCCUGGAGUCUUGUGAUCGGUGCUAUAUCUGUAUUGGGAGAGGAAGACGAUCGUUGGCUUUUGCCAAAGUUAGCCAACCUGCGAGACUCUCUGGGACCUACAUGGCCCGAAGCCAAGGCCAAGCUCGAGGAGGUCAUUUGGACCGAGAAUGUCCAUGACUCUGCCGGUAUCAAAGUUUUCGAAAAGCUAGUGUUGCACGUCGCCGGAAUACCCAGGGCCAGCACUUGAACACGGUCUCGAGACACAAGCAUAUGCCACCUAUGCAGGAGGUCGACUUGCCUUUCCUUGGACAGCACAGGUGUGUCGAAUAUUUUCAGGCUCGACGCAGACGACAUGAAGCUUGUGGAAGCCGCUGAUUGCCAAUAUACACCGUCCGAACUCUCGCGAUGAAUCCAGGAGUUGAGAGCACCACUUCAUCAGUUUAGCUCCCCUCAUUGGUCCUGAGCGUAUCUCGA